AUGUCGGCAGUCGCGAGCACCUCGCAGCAGCCGUACGCCUAUGCGGGCAAGGACGCCGCCGCCAAAGAGCGAGAGGACCGCCUCCUCGCCGCCAAGAAGAAGCUCAAGCUCUACCGCGCCCGGACCAACGCCCGCAUGUCCGGCGUCUCGACCUACUCGGACGCGUCGACCACCACGCCGGGCACCUCGCCGACCAAGGCCGCACGACGACGCUCCGGCCUGUCGGGCUCGGUCACGUCGGCCGCCGACUUUGCCGCCAAGCACGCCCACCGCCGCAGCCAGUCCAAGAGCGGCCUCCUCGCGACCAUGGGCGGCGACUCGCUCGUCGCGGCGUCCGGCUUCGGCGGCGCAGGGCCAGGGCACGGCCGCAAGGCGAGCAGCUCGCGCAUGUCGAUGCAGCGCAACUCGAUCAGCCUCAAGAAGAUGGGUCACGGCCACAACCGUUCGCGCGCCAGCAUCUCGAUGUCGUUCUCGGGCCCGGCGCCGCAGCUCGCGCCGCCACCGUCCGAGUCGCCGCGAUCCGUGUCGCCGGCGCCCAGAGCGAUGGCGCCGCCAAGUUGGCUGCACGGCGGCGGGUACCCCGGCUCGCCCGAGGCGAGCCGCUCGUCCUUUUCCUCCCCGACCUUCUCCCCUCAUCCUGCGCCAGGCCGUCCGACCUCGCCCCUCCCUCCAGCACCCGCACCCGGUCCGCCGCCCAAACACGGCCGCAACAGCUCCCGACACGCCCGCCACUCGAGCGUGACAAACUUCCGCGAGAGCCUCGACAUCGUGUCGGCCGGCACCGUGCACGACCCGGCCCUCCUGCGGCCCGCCGUCUCGUCCUUCGCCGACGUGCCGCACUCGUCGUCGCCGUCCGCGAGCCCGCUCGCACCCGUCGGCUGGUCGACCGACCCGCACCACGUCCUCGCGGCGCUCAAGGAGCGAGGCCGUCGCGAGCUCGAGGACUCGAACCGCAGCCCCGAGGAGACGCGCCAGUCUGCGCUCGAGGCGCUCGAGGGCCGCCUCGCGGCGCCGACCGAGGCCAUCUCGCUCGGCGACGAGGAGCCGGGCGAGCUGCUCGCGGCGCCGAGGAGCCCGGGCAUGACCUCGGACGGCGAGCCCAUCUCGGCGGCGUCGUCGCCCGUGCCGCCGCUCCCGUCGAGCCCGAUGGUCGGCCUCGGCGUCGCCGGCUCGUCGUCGUCGGCGUCGUCGUCGGUCGGCGCGAUGGGCAGCCCGCUCGUCAACAAGCGCUCGAGCUGGGGCUCGGCGCUCGGCGGGCACGGCGCGUCGGCGGCGGCGCAGCACAGCGUCAUGGAGCUGGGCGAGAUUGCCGAGGAGGACGAGGAGGAGGACGACGCGUCGCUGUACGGCGGGAGCCCGCGGCGCCGGACGAGCCGGGGCAGCCGCGCAGGCGCGCGCACGCCGACGCCCGUCUCGAGCCCGCAGCAGGCGGCGACCGCGACGAGCGUCAAGGGCUCGCCGAGCCCGCGCAAGCCGCGCCCCGGCAGCAUCUUCGCCGCCGCCGUCGGCGAGCCUCGGCUCAACAGCCUCGAGUCGGUGUUCGAGCACGCCGAGCAGCAGCAGCAAGGAUUCCGCCAACGCGACUUUGCGCUCGGCAGGACGCCCUCGCCGACGGCGUCGCGGCGGUCGUCGAUGCGGCCCCUGUCGCUCUCGGCGUCGUCCGUCACGUCCUCGGCCAACGGCACGCCGUCGACCGCCGGCAUGCCCGACGAGAGGCGCGCCUCGUCGUCGCCCGAGGAGAAGCACAUCUCGAUGUUCCACUCGGCGGCCGUGUCCGGCUACAGGCCCGAGCCGCUCGCCGCGUCGCCCUCGGGCACAUCGGCGCUCGCCUCGCAGCCGACCAAGGGCGGGCUCCGCUCCCUGUCGAUCGGCAGCGGCGCAGUCGGCACGUCGCCCGUGCAAACGCCCGAGCGCCGCUUCUCGGCCCAGUCGGCCCUCGGCAACGGCGGCCUCGUCUCGACCUCGUCGCGCAAGGUCUCGCCGUCGCCGACGAUGAAGCGCUCGUCCAUCUCGUACCGCACCAGCACGAGCUCGGUCUCGUCUCUCGCCGGCGUUACGCCAGAGGGCCAGAAGCGCGCGUGGCGGUCGUCGCUCGUCUCGGCGCAAGGCGGCGCCCGCGCCGACAGCGGCAGCCCUGCACCGUCGACGUCGCAGUACUCGACCUUCCCCGCCGGCGUCCUCGGCGGCUUUGGCGACCUCGAGGUGAGCGGCGACGCGGGCGACUUCUCGGCCUCGCUCGUCGACUCGCCCGUGCAUUCGAGGAUGGCGUCGUCGAUCGGCGGCGGCGCGUCGGCCGAGGCCCUCGCCGCCGCGCAGGACGAGCUCGCGACGCUGCGGGCCCGGCUCGAGCAGGUCGAGGGCCGCAACGAGCAGCUCGCGUCGACGCACGCGCUCGAGAUCGCCGAGUUCGAGAAGAAGGCGUCGGACGAGGCGCGCGAGAUGCGGUCGCGCAUCGUCGAGCUCGAGCAGCAACUCGACGACGAGCGCGUCGCGCGCCGGUUCGAGGUCGAGGGCCUGCAGCGCGAGGCCGACAUGGCCAAGGAGGCCAUCUCGGACCUCACCGACGAGCGCGACUCGCUCGUCGAGGACGUCGACGGCUGGCGCGAGCGCUGUCAAGGUCUCGACGCCCAGGUCAAGAAGGACCGCGAGGACGAAGCGCUCGCGCAGGCGCAGGCCAAGCUCAUCGGCGAGAUGCGCGACCAGAUCUACACGCUCGUCGCCGCCCUCGAGCGCGAGCGCAGCGAGCACGCCGAGACGCGCAAGGAGGUCGAGCGCGUCCUCGAGGACCGAGUGCGCGAGGCGGCGGCCGACGUCACCCAGUACCAGCACCAGCAGCGCACCUCGAGCGUGUCCUCGAUGGGCGCGUCGCCGGUUCCGCCACCGCCGCGCUCGUCCCGUCCGCCCCAGUCGUACGCGCCGCAGCAGCCGUCGCACGCCGCGUCGCUGUCGGCGAGCUCGGCCACGAGUUCGACCGGCCCGUCGAUGCACAAGCAGCCGCGCGCCGACGACCUCGCGCUCAUCAUGGAGGAGGUCGAGGACGACGACGAGGCGGCAGCAGGGCGCGAGGUGCCCGUCGAGGACGACCGCGGCGACGUCGCCGGGCGCCGUCACCCGUUCAAGGAGGCGUCCGACGGCAGCAUGCUCUCGGGCGUCUCGUCGUCGUUUGGCCGCUCGUACUCGGGCGCGACCAUGUCGUCGUCGUCUUUCGGGCGCUCGUACUCGGGCGACACGACCGAGGACACGUCCGGCCUGGACGACUCGUUCUCGGGCAAGUUCGCCUCGCCGCCCAACGGCAGCCCUUUCCCGCCUCCUGCCUCGGCGCGCGACAGCGUCGCGAUCGCGCUCGGCCAGCUCGACACGCUCGCCGAGGAGGAGGAGGAGGAGGAGGACGACGAGGAGGGGACGUACGGCGGCAGCGGGCGAGACUUGGCGCCGCUCGCCGUCGACAACGACCCGCGCACGCGCCUCAGCUCCGACUCGACGACGUCGACGAGCAGCGACGUCAUGCCGCACACGCCCGACAAGGCUCGCGCCGAGCGCCACGACCGCUCGCACUCGUUCGUGCGCACCUGGAGCUUCCCCAAGGGCAGCGUCAGCUCGACACGCAACUCGUUCGACGACGACGACUCGUCCUUCUUCGGGUACAACAAGCACAGCUCGUUGCCCCCGCUCCCGAUCGGCGACAACAUCCUCCCGCCGUUCCUGUCGUCGACGCUCGACAUCGACGAGGCGUCGUUCACCUUCUUCCCCAAGUCGAAGGAGGGCACCGUCGAGACGGCGUCGCACAUCCGCCGACCUUCGUCGCCUCGGCCGCUGGACCGCGUCAACCCGCACGCCCGCCGCCUCUCGGGCCAACACCGCCCACCUCCGCCGUCGCCCUCGGCCCUCGUCACUGCCGCCAUCCAGCAGCAGCAGCAGCAGGCGCACACGUCGCGCCUCUCGCAGGCCUCGUCGAACGGCUCGCAGGGCCCGUCGCCGACCAAGUCGCGCUACUCGUUCGGCGCCCUCGUCGGUUCGCUCGGCGGCUGGUCGUCGUCGUCGUCGUCGUCGCAGUCGCACUCGGGCCCGUCGGCGCUCCCGGCGCCGGCGUCGUCCAAGCUCGCGAGGCAGUCGAUGAGCGCAAGCGUCAGCGCGCCCGGACCUCUCAUCCUCGAGGAGGACGAGGGCGACGAGCACGACGACGGCGGUGUCGAGGAGGACGUCUACGUCGGCUCCUCGCCGGCUCCUCGCCCGCCGCCGCCGCCGCAGCAGCGCGGCGCGCCUGUCGCCGGCACGCCGAGGCAGCUGCAGCACCAGAACCAGCGUCAGCACGAGCUGCGCCCGAUCCGGGCGCACGAGUGCCCGACGCCCAGGGCCGCUCGCCUCGCCAAGCUCGACUUCCGCGGCUCGGCGUGCUGCGCCGACCGUCCCGUCUUUGUCGUUUGA